AUAGAAAACAUUAAUGAUUAUAUUUUGUUACUCAUGUAUUCACUUCAUUUUUUCUUCUCUUGCACAAUAUUGCAAUAUUAGACUACUUCACGAUUUCUGCGAUGAAUUUCGUUAGGUUUUUCACAAUGUGCGGAUUUUUAAAAUGAAUAAAUUACUGAGAAGAGUAAAAGGUCCAGUAAAUUAAAUGUAGUGAAUAGAUCAUUUGGAUUGUCAAAAUUAUUAUGGAAUUGUUGGAAAUAGCUGUAAGUGAUUUUCAAAUUUUUGGGGUAUAUCCUGUCGUACGCAUGCGUGGGCUUAUGACACGAGGAGGGGGUACAUGUUGGCGAAUUCUUCAAAUUUUCUUUUAAUUAUCGUUAUCCAAGUCCUAUCAAAAAAGAAUAAAAUAUUUCUUUGACUAAUUGACUAAUCAAAACCCAUCGAAAAUCAUCGCACAUAUAAUUUCUCACCUGUCGAUUCCUCCGAGGCAGAAUUUAAACAUGAAUAAAAAAGCUAUUGACCAUCCACCGACCUUGACCUCUAGAUCGUCUCCUGGAGUUCACGAACCAUCACCGAAACGUCGAAAACUGGAUGGGUCAAACAACUCUGAGAUGGAAUCCUGGGAGACAGAGUUAUUGAGUCUUCGAAUGCGAUUAUCAAAAUCCGAAGCAACAGUCACUCAACUUCACAGAAUUCGAAGUGAAAUCGAGGAGAUGUUUGAGAAAGAGAAAGAAUUGCAGCAGUGGCAGGUGAAAGUUGACGCAGAGAUGAUAGACCAACUGCAUAAAGCGCUGGAUGAAGCAACGACAAAUGCUGAUAACGCACUGGAAGCAAAAAAAUCAGCAGAAUCUCAAGUGAUUCAAAUGAAAGCCAGAAUGGAGGAAGAGAUUUCGAUAUUAUCAAUCGAGAAUGCCAGAUUGAAAAAUGAAAUUUCUUCAGAGUCUGAUAACAAGUUAGCAGAGAAGCUGAAAAUGGCAGAGCUGAGAAUCAUUGAGCUGGAAGAAAAGCUCGAAGACAAAAUGAUAUCUCAGAUGGAGUUUAAUCUUCUCAAUGUUGAACUGGAACAAACCACCAAACAACAAUUGAAACUGGAAGAGACUUCAGCUCUGGAGAAGAAAAACCUGGCUACACGUGUGCAGGAGCUGGAGAAACAGUCCAAAUCAUUCAAGAACAUAAUUGCCAAUCUUUCUGAAGUGUUCAAAGAGAUAGGGGUUUUCAAACAGGAUAAAUUGGAGACUGCGGAGGCUGUUAAAGACCAGGAGAUCGUACUGGAAGAAACGGGGGAUUCAUCAGCCUUGAAAAUUGCAGAACUCAGGUCAAAAAUCAGGGAAAAUCUAGCUUUGGCUUGUGUAAAUGAGAUCUGCCAUGAGUCCUCACAGAUCAAUGAUCGUGAAGAAUUUCUGAGCAAAGUUAGUAAUCACUCAUCACCAGGUGACGAACCUGAAGACGUCAAUGAAGGCCUUACAGUAGAGGAAUCACCAGUGAAGAGUCUUCAAAUGAUGGCAGGGGAUUAUCACAUUCUAGUCUCUGAUCAAAAAUUCUUUGGAAUCGAUUGGGAGAAUGAAUAUAUUUAUGAGGAAGAUAAAUAUAAUUGCAGUAGUUGUGAGAAGAGUGAAGCUGAUAGAAUGAGAAUUGAGGAUCACGUGUGGAAUGUACAUUUUCGCGGGUAUUUUGAAUGCCCCACGUGUUUGGAUGAGGAUUCCCCGUGCUCUCUCGCAUACAGGGAUGAUAUUAUACGACAUAUUGAAACAUUCCAUCCAUAUUUGAUUUAGAGUAGUUGGAUUCAUGAAAAGUCAAAAGGAAGAGAUUCUUCAACUGCUGAAGCUGAUGUAUUCAUAAAUAGUCAAUAACGAGUUCAAUGGGUCAACCUGUAAAGCAUAAGAAUGUUUUACUUAUCAAAGAUUAAUUUUUCGAUGCAAGUUAUAUUAUAAGAUUUUGAACUAUUGUGAGUUAUUUGUUUUUUAUA